CCCCGCGUUCCUGCAGCCACCCCAGCCUCGCCAGGCGCUGCGCGGAGCUGUUGGAGCCCAGCCUGGCCCGUCCCGGCCGCCGCCAUCAUGCAGAGCCAGAGCCAGAGCCUGACCCCGCACGUGCACUGGGCGCAGCGGCACAGCGAGCUCUACCUGCGAGUGGAGCUGAGCGACGUGCAGAGCCCUGAGAUCACCAUUACGGAUAACAUGCUUCAUUUCAAAGCCCAGGGUCAUGGUGCCAAGGGGGACAACAUAUAUGAAUUUCAGCUUGCGUUUCUAGAACCGGUCAUGCCCCAACUGGUGUACAAAGUGACUCAAAGGCAGCUGAACAUCACCGUGCAGAAAAAAGAAAGCAACUGGUGGGAAAGACUCACCAAACAGGAGAGGCGCCCGUUGUUCCUAGCCCCUGACUUUGAUCGCUGGCUUGAUGAGUCGGAUGCUGAAAUGGAACUCAAAGCAAAGGAAGAAGAAGAAAGGAUUAACAAAAUCCGAAUUGAAUCCAGAGUCCCUAAAGACCCUUUCAGACAGCUGAAGAGAGGAUAUUUGUUCAUGUAUAAUCUUGUGCAGUUUUUGGGGUUCUCCUGGAUUUUUGUGAAUAUGACAGUUCGCCUGUUUAUCUUAGGAAAAGAUUCCUUCUAUGAUACAUUUCACACCAUUGCUGAUAUGAUGUAUUUCUGUCAGACGCUCGCAUUUAUAGAGAUCCUGAACUCACUAGUAGGAAUUGUCAGGUCGCCACUUGUACCUUCUUUGCUCCAGGUACUCGGAAGAAAUUUUGUCUUGUUUAUUGUCCUUGGAAAUGUGGAGGAAAUGCAAAGCAAAGCGGUGGUGUUCUUUGUAUUUUACUGCUGGAGUAUUAUUGAGCUAUUCAGGUAUCCAUUCUACAUGCUUUCCUGCAUUGAUAUAGAAUGGAAAUUACUAACUUGGAUCCGAUAUACCAUCUGGAUUCCUCUCUAUCCUUUAGGCAUCUUGGCAGAAGCCGUGUCUCUGAUUCAGGCCAUUCCGAUCUUCAGUGAAACAGGGAAGUUUAGUUUCACACUGCCGUAUCCGAUGAGCGCUACAAUCAAAUUUUCAUUCUUUCUUCAAAUCUAUCUUAUACUGUUAUUUUUAGGUUUGUUUAUAAACUUGCGUCACCUCUACAAGCAAAGGAGGCAGCACCUUGGAUCAAAAAAGAGAAAGAUGAAGUAAAACAGGGACUACAAUGCUUUCCUAGACCUAACUUAUCUUAAUGACAGGAGCCUCUGAUUCUUACAGUUUUACCUAUUAUAAUAAUGGAAAGGAUUUUCUACAGCUAAAUGAUCAUGUUAGAUUUCAGUGACUCUUCAGAUAGCAUUCCCAUACACUGUAUUGAGUUCCUCUUCAAUCAUAUAUGCAUGGCACUUAAUGUUGAACAAUGGCACUAUUUAAACGUGUUUCCUAUCAGUUACCAUCUUAUAAAAAGAAAUCCUAUUCGCAAAAAACUGAGCAGCUCUAACUGGGAAUAGAAUAGUUAUUUUUAAUUGGAUAUUUGCUCUUUUUCAGAUAUUGAAUGCAGAUAAGGCUUGUGAUACUGGGGUAUAAUAUUUCAGACCAUCCACUCCAUGCUACAUGAAACUGACUAGGAGUGGCCUGCGGAGCUGAGAAAUGUAUUUAUUAAUGGUCAGUGCUAGGUCUUCUUUUUUUCAGCAGGCUUUUGCUGAUGCAUUUAAACCUGGAAGCAACUAGUGUCAGCAUUGGACACCACCGGCUUGUUCUUAACGCAUGUACGAUAGGAAGGCUUCAUCUCGCUCCUCCAUGGAAUAGAAAUACGUAGUGGUGUCCAGCAGCCCCUGUCUGGCUACAUACAUCCUAGCCAGUCAUUAGUGGGAGCUACCUACUCCUUCAAAUUUUCCUCACCAGCUGAAAUAGCUGCUACUUCACACUGCCUUGUGAUCACUAACUCUGCCCUUCCAGAUGGUGAGAAUUUAAAUGCCCAAACUCAGAUACUGGAAAACCAGGCAGUGUAGGGGUGAGGUUCCAUUUCCUGCUAUUCUUCCCCCAGUAGCCCACAAAAAUUAGAAUUCCACCAGGAAAUGCAGAGGUAAAGCAGGCCUCCCUUGAGAUGAUCCCACACCCUUCCUUCUACUACCAUGUGGAGGCCAGGCCCUUGUCCGCUCCUCUUUGGGAAUGGUGGUGUAAGUGUUUGGCUCAAACCCUGUUAAGAAGGAAGCAAGCACCUGUUUUCCGAUUCCCUCAGUGCAGAAGACUGCAGCUAAGGAGUCUGCAUGCGAGGCUGGCCAUUUGCUUUUGGGGUGCAGUAUUGGGGGCCUAAGAAGUUAAGAGACCAUUUUGUAUUGUGUACCAGAUCUCAGCAAAUGGGAGGCAAGUGAUGUUUCAGGUAAAUUGUAAAAGUAAUUUUAUUUGUUUAAAACAAAGAAAGCCCCAUUGCUUAAAAAUGAGCUGUUUUGAAUAAAGGAUGCCAUGAUUAAAGUGACUCCUAUACCCCCACCCUGAUUUGCCAGGAUUUAGCCCUCUCUGACCCUUUGCAUUUUCUCUGAAAUUAACUAAAGUCUGAUUUAAAUAAACUUAAUUGUAAUCUUGACUACAGAGCAGUUAGUUGCACUGUUGACCCAGCUGAGUCUAGUACUCUUUCCCCCAGCAUCCACUGUAACUCUUGUGCAAGUUAAUUCCAGAGCGAUCAAUUUAUUUCCAUCCCACUGUUUGUAUGGCUUGGUUUUACAAAAGCGUAACGCCAGAAAAAAAAACAACGCUGCUAUAUUUUCAAU